AUGUUCGUGCCGAUCUUUUCGACUUUUUUACUGCUUGAUGUCAGUGUAUCGUACACGUCUAAUUCGAGUACAGUCCAGCAUGAAAAUCCCAUCGUGGUCAUUGGUCAUUUGAAUGCUUUGCUGCCUCCUACAAAUAGUAGCUUGACCGCUACUGAAGGAGAGUUAGAGAGCUACGAUGAUAGUGAGCAAGACAAUGUCGACGUUGUAGCAUCUGGUGGGGAAGCGAGGAUGUUUUCUUUUUUUAAAAAGCCGCCAUUUCAAUACACCCAAUUGGUAUCUAAAGAAGCAAAGAUUGAACUCCAGCCGACCAUUUUUGCGAAUGUGAUGGCCCUGCUGGAGAUAGAGAAACGGAAUCCAAAACAAAAUCAGAAUCUACUCGAAAUCCUUACGAAACUUCUCGGGUCAAAAGAUGAAGAAUUGAAAUCGCUUGCCGGAUCGACUGUCUUCAACUUGCUUAAUAACCCUGAGACCCGCGUGGAGAUACAAGAUCAAUUUCUCGUAUCUCAAACGAAAUUAUCAACGAUAUUCACAUUUUUGAUGGUGCAUACCGAGGACAAAUCUCUCAAUGAAUUCUUCGAGCUUGAGCUACACAUUCCACUGUUGUCCUACGCCUGCAAAUUGUAUGACCAAAAAGGCAUUGUGACAAAAGUUCCAACUGCAGUCGUUAAUGACGUCGUGUGCGACGUCGCCGACGACGUCGCAGAAGACGUUGCUCGACUACUAACGCAAAAUCAUAAAGGAGGUAAUUUGAUAACUUGGCUGGGAACUUAUCGAGCUAUACCGAUCAAAUCGACCAAACCCAUCCCUACCUCCAUCGACGAUUAUAUUAACAGACUUGUGGAUGGCUUAUUGCGUAAUGAGAAGACUCGCGAGCUAGCGUAUCGCUUGCACGCGUUGAGCUUUCCUGAUCUUGUGUCGUUUCACUCGCAUUAUUCCAAGUUUUCCAUCCUCACAGCAUUUGAUCUUUGGCUCAAAUUCGCUGCAUUUACUCGUUUCAACUACAUUGAGCAUGAAGCAAAAAGUUCAGAGUUUUCGAAGCGACAAAUUUUCAAUUAUAUGGAACAACGAAGGGGGAAAUAUCGUGAGGAACAAAUGAAUAUCUUUUCGUUUGAUGGGAAACUUCAAUCGACGAUUAUUUCCCUCAAGUCUGAAAUAGAUUGGUUGCAACUCAAUGACGAUCAAAUCCGUUUAUUUAGAGCUGCAUUACAAUCUGAAUAUCACGCGAAAUUGGUCAGAGAGUCUUUGAAGGAGAAGAGUCAUGUCGCUGCAUAUAAGAAGAAAUUAGGUGAUGAGAAUAUGGUGAAAACAUUUGAGGCGCUAUUAAACGACGAAAAAUUCGUAGAAUUGCUUCAAAAGGUGCUCAAAGACGAGUACUUAGUGCAGAUACUCAAAGAGGCUUUGCAAUUAAAACAUCCACGGUAUCGUAUAUCGGGUCUGAGAAAACGUCAUGCUAAGCUGAAGCUUAUUGAAGCUGAUGUAAAUGAUAAUCUCCAAAUGUUGGUCACGGAUCAUGAUAAAGCGAAGUUGAUCAUAGCGUCUUUGGCGGGUGAUGUCGAUCUUAAGUUAUUUGGAAAAGCUUUCGAGGCAGCAAGACGAUUGAAAUUGGUUGAAGACAUGUUGAGUAGUACGGAAUUGGAUACGAUGAAGACGCUCGAAGCGAUUUUCACAGAUCAGACAAAAGUGCAAUUGCUAAGAGAAGCUGUAAAGGAUGAUGAGCAUUUGAAAAAAUUCAGAUUAAUCUUGGACGACACGAACAGCUUUUUGGACGACAGGAGGGCAUUGGUUGAUGAGAAUUUGGCGGAUGUGUUCGAUAAUUUAUUGAAGGAUAUGAAUCAUGUGUUUUUUCUUAGAGUAGCUAUCAAGGAUGAUGAUCGUGUGAGCUUGUUUCGAGCGGUUUUGGAGGGAAAAGAACAGGUAAAGAAGUUUGGAGAGGCAUUGAACAAAAAAAGUUUGGUAUACGUGUUUAGAUCGAUACUUCAGGAAGAAAAACAGUUACGUUGGCUUGAGAAGGCUGUUUUGGAGAACAGCUAUCAGGAUUGUAAAGCUGUCAUGGAUUCAAGAGAUAGAAUGAUGCUGGAUAAAGAGCUGUUCGAGCACCUCGAGUCAUUUGCUGAAAGAUGA